AUGUUGUCAAGAGCGUUUCUCAAAGAAGUGAGAGUUUUUGUGGAGCGGAGAGAGCCGCAGACGGCGAUUUUACAGUCGUCAGCGUCCCUAUCACCGUCUCCGUUUGAAGAAUGGAAUUUCAAACAGUUUAUUGGCGACAAGCUCGAACGGCAGGUGGAGAGACAAAAGAAGCUUCCAACGCUUAACGCGUUGGUGGAAAACAGGCUAGAACAAUUGCUCCCGCUGUACGCUCACCUCUUAGACACCGGCAAGGACGAUUCCGUUCAUGGGCACAUGUUGAAAUUCAUGGGCCGAGGCAGUGGCAGCGGUGAUGGCAGCAGAGAUGCCAAGCUUAAAAAUUUGAAGGCACAUAUAAUCAAGUAUGAGAUCCACCGAGAGUAUUUCGAGGUCUCCGAGUUCCGGAGGUCGCAGCUCUCGAUAACAGUGGACCCUACAGUGUCGAGUGAGAUGCUCGUUCACACGUACACAGACAAGGAUCUCGUUCACUUCGUAAAGCUGCUGCACGAUGAAACGUUUCUCAACAGUUCAUACUACAACUAUUACCGACGGUUCAGCCGCUUGUUUUUUAACCUCGUUGAAGGCAGCAACGAGCCAGGCUCGAACGCAAGGUUGUCGAGGAAGCUACGCCCGGCAGACUUGGAAAGAUUGCUUCAGCACCUGUUGUACUCGAACAAACGUCUACGGACCGAGGAGAGGCUUGAGUUACGGCUCGACGAGAUGAACAACAUCCUUCUGAACGAUUUACAGGAGGCGGGACUGAAACUCUCCAACAAGGAGAUGUUUGCGCUUCUCCAGUUGACGUUCCGUAAGACCGUCGACUUGCGCAACGUCGAGAUGCUCUACGACAAGUUCAUGGCCAGCGACAAGUUUGACAAGAACAACGACUUCUUCAAGACGUUCUUGAACUUCAACAUGUCGUUGGGGUUCAGCAACGAGCGGAUGGCCUCCACGAAGUUCUGUAGGAAGGUCAUCCUCGACCUAGUGCAAAGCGACGGUGUCGACGUCGACCGACACCUACUCAAGUACCUACUCAAGUACUCGUGGCUUGUACACGACGGCGAGUUGACAAGGCUAGUGGCAACCUACCUCCUCAAACACUACGCCCUCGAUGUGGAGACUUUCAACAUGAUUUUCGUCGGGGUGUUCAGGCAGGACAUGAGCAGCAACACAGUCUCCCCCGCUCUAGAGCAGCUCCUCAACAUCAACCUCAAGCACACCAUGCGGGUGUCGUCGCUGGCGACGUCGUCCUCGGUAGCCUCUCGGAUUGCUCCACCUCCGAUCACCGAGGCCGAGCGCUUCAACAUGCGCCUUUUGGACCACCUUCUCGAAAAGGCCGCCCGGGUGACUCCGCAGAUGCAGCCACUCUGUCCGGGCAUCAUGCACCGGCUCCCGCUGAACCUUGUUCCCCAUGACCUCCUUCUCCGAACUACACAGAACAACACCGGAGACGGAUUCCCCGUGGUGGAAGACUAUCUCCGGCAGAUGUCACGUGUUGCGUCUGAGGGCCCCGAGGGGCUCCAGCACCGUCUGCGGCACCGUAAUCAGGGGGGCCGAACACAAAGGCCCACUCUCCACCUGGACCCGGGACACGUGUGA